AUGUCCUCCAAAAUAAGGUUCUACAUGGAACAGUCUGUUCCAGAGCUAGAAGAUCUCAAACGAAAGGGCCUCUUUGAUCAAAAAGAGAUCACUAUGAUUAUGAGAAGAAGGACUGAUUUCGAGCACAGAAUACAAGGUCGAGGAGCAAAACCUAGAGACUUUUUGAAAUACGCCGAUUUCGAAAUAAACCUUGAGAAGUUGAGGAUAAAAAGAUUUGCAAGGCUAAGAGAAACUGAUCAUGUGGACACGAAUCCCAGUAUUUCCGACUGGGCUGGUUUCAGAAAAGUGAUUUUUGUCUUCGACAGAGCUGUGAGGAGAUUCUCCGGUGAUCUAGAUAUCUGGGCCAAGUAUCUUCAGUUCGUCAAAGAAAAGGAUGCUAUCAAGGUGGUUUACAGAGUUUAUGCUAAGCUUUUGCUGUUGCAACCAAGAAACGUUGAUGCCUGGCUUUCAGCAGCAAAGUACGAGUUCGAAACGAACGCCAACGCUAAGGGAGCUAGAGAAUUAUACCAAAAAGCCUUAAGAUUAAAUCCAGAAUCCAGAAGCCUUUGGGUGAGCUAUGCCCAAUUCGAAUUGACAUAUGUAUCCAAAUUGCUUGCGAGACGCCAGGUUUUGGGGUUGCUUACAGAGAAGAAACAGGAGGAGGAUUUGAAAUCUCAAGCUUUAGAGCAAGCAAAGAGAAUCGAGGAUGCACCAGAUGACGGAGUCGAGACAAACGCUGACACAAUUUCAUUUGCUGACGUUGAGGAGGACGAUUUGAAGCUGGAAUUAGCCUCUCUACCAGAAGCCGAUAUGAAUGUGUUGGGAUCACCAGAAACCAACCCGGUCUUGAAGGGCGAUAUUGCUUUGACAGUCUUCGACUUGGCCAUUCCCGAACUCCUCAAGGAAGUUGGCGAGGCUUCCAAGACAGACAAGGUUUUCGAGUUUGCAGAAGAAUUCCUCAAGCUUUUCGCUCAGUUUGAAACCCUCAACAGAGAUUACUUAUAUUACCACGUCUUGUCCUAUCUACAAACAAACUAUAAGGAUGAUAUCAGAACUUUGCUUACAGACAUUACAUUGCCGCUUCGCAAUACGUCGGUGCUGGACUCUUCCCUAGCAGAAGCGUUGAAAUUGUCAGUUAAUAAGUUCACCGCAUACAAGCUGAAGAUCAAGGAUAGCACAAGAAAGACCGAACUCUCCGAGAAAUACGUUGGUUACUUGACAGAAAAAUUCGUCAAUUCUGAAGAGCCUAAAUCAGAGAAAACAGAAGCUCUUCUCAAAGCUAUUAUACAAAAGUGCCGCUAA